AUGCCCUCCGUCGCCGACCGCUCCCCCGCCGUCUCUGGCAGCCCACCCCGCGCACCCCCAAUCAAAUACGAAGCCCGCCACGGCACCCGCUGGCAGAAAGAAAAGGCCGCCGCUGGCGCCGGCGCGUUCGAGUACCCCGAAGACGCGAAAUACGUCGGACCGUGGAUCAUCGGCGAAUGCGUCGGGAAGGGCGCCUCUGGGCACGUCAAGAUCGCGAAACACCGCAAGACGGGCCAGCUCGCGGCCGUGAAGAUCCUCCCGCUCGAUUUCGUCUUCAGCUCGCGCACGUCGCUCCGCACGCAGCAGGCCAAGUCGGACAAGCAAAGACUCGGAAUCGAUCGUGAGAUUAUCAUGAUGAAGCUCAUGAAUCAUCCGAAUAUUAUGCGCAUUUAUGAUGUGUAUGAGGGCGAGAAUGAGCUUUAUUUGAUUUUGGAGUAUGUUGAGGGAGGGGAGUUGUUUGAUUUUUUGGUCAAUAGGGGCAGGUUGGCGAGCGCCGAGGCGUUGGCUUAUUUCAAGCAGAUUAUCUAUGGGUUGAACUACGCCCAUGCGUUCUCCAUCAUCCACCGCGACCUCAAGCCGGAGAACAUCCUCAUCCACUCGCUCAACCCGCCGCUCGUCAAGAUCGCGGAUUGGGGCAUGGCCGCGUUCGCCCCGCCGAGUCUCGAGCUCGAGACGAGCUGUGGGAGUCCGCAUUAUGCGAGUCCUGAGAUCGUGCACGGACAUAAGUACGAGGGCACGGCAACGGAUAUCUGGAGUUGUGGGGUCAUUUUAUUCGCGCUUCUUACGGGCAGGCUCCCGUUUGACGAUAAGAACGUGAGGACGUUGUUGAGCAAGGUCAAGGCGGGCAAGUACGACCUUCCGAUCUGGGUCGACGCUCAGGCUCGCGACCUCGUCAACCGCAUGCUCGUCGUCGACGUCCACAAGCGUAUCACCAUUCCCGAGAUUCUCGCUCAUCCCUGGUUCGCCAACCCCACCCCGGGCAUCAACUACGUCCCCGCGCCUUCCGUCACCGAACUCGCUCGUCCCCUU